CUGGGGAAGGGCGCGGGGCCUUCGGGCCCGAUUGCAGCCCCCGGGGGCUCGCGGGUCCUGUCGAAGAGCUGAUGCUUUUGGGUGUGGAAACAUUUUUCUAUAUAAAACUGCAGUUUGGGGGUAGGUAGUGCGCACGUGUGAUUCCAAGCGCGGUGUUCCCUCUCGCUUCUCCGGCUGUCCAGUCUCCCCUCCCGCUUGCCGAUUUCGGAUUGUUUCUGGCAGCAGCGUGCGUGCAUGUUGCACGUGAAGCAAACUUUGGCUUUUUCUGGGAUGCACUGACCUGCACUGCGGGUUGAAGUCUGACUCGUGCUCUGGUGUCAGAGCGACCUUUCUGUCUGUGCGUGAGGGCUGAGGAGGCUGCUUCCGGAGCUAGUGAAGUUGGGGCCGUGGAGGCCUCCGCGUGUUUUAGGGAAGGCCCGCAUCUGUCGGUAACUGCUCUCUAGUCUGUGUUUGGGGAUAGACUGGGUCCGGGGUAGUCGGUCUUGGACUGUUUAAACAGGUAGGUUGUAUGAAGAAUGAGUUCGGAGGAGUGCUGGUUUGGCAGCGCUGCCGUCCAUUUUUAGAGGCAGACAGUGGUUUUAGUCUUGGGGCAGUUGUAGUCAUCGUGCUGAGGAAUGAAGCAGCUAAAUAUUCAUCAGGAAUCCGAAGACCAGACCUGUAGGCCGAGUGACCCAGUUGGAAAGGAGGAUGGACAGAAUGACAGAAGAUGCCCUUCGCCUCAACCUGCUGAAGCGGAGCUUGGACCCGGCGGACGAAAGAGACGACGUCCUGGCUAAGCGACUCAAAAUGGAGGGGCACGAGGCCAUGGAACGCCUGAAGAUGCUGGCGCUGCUGAAACGGAAGGACCUGGCGAACCUGGAGGUGCCGCACGAGUUGCCCACCAAGCAGGAUGGCGGUGGCAUCAAGGGCUACGAGGAGAAGCUCAACGGGAGCCUCAGGCCUCACGGAGACGGCAGGGCGGCAGGAAGGCCCGGCAAAGAGAACAUCAGCGACGAGCCGGUGGAUAUGAGCGCGAGGCGGAGUGAGCCAGACCGAGGAAGGCUGACUCCGUCCCCAGACAUCAUUGUUUUAUCUGAUAAUGAGGCUUCCAGUCCCCGUUCCAGCUCCCGGAUGGAAGAAAGACUCAAAGCAGCCAACCUAGAGAUGUUUAAGGGGAAAGGCAUGGAGGAACGGCAGCAGCUCAUCAAGCAGCUGAGAGAUGAGCUACGGUUGGAGGAAGCUCGGCUGGUGCUGUUAAAGAAACUGAGGCAGAGCCAGCUACAGAAAGAGAACGUGGUCCAGAAGACCCCAGUCGUGCAGAAUGCCGCAUCCAUUGUUCAGCCGGCUCCUGCCCAUGGGGGACAGCAGGGCCUGUCCAAGCUCCCCUCCCGGCCCGGAGCCCAAGGGGUUGAACCACAGAGUCUGAGAACAUUACAGGGUCACAGUGUCAUCCGCUCGGCGGCCAAUACCGCCCUCCCACACAUGCUGAUGUCUCAGCGUGUUAUCGCACCAAACCCUGCCCAGCUACAGGGCCAGCGGGGCCCACCCAAGCCUGGCCUUGUGCGCACCACAACACCCAGCAUGAACUCUGCCAUCAACUACCAGCCGCAGUCGAGUUCUUCUGUUCCCUGCCAGCGCACAGCAUCCUCCGCCAUCUACAUGAACCUUGCCUCUCACAUCCAGCCAGGGACCGUGAACAGAGUGUCCUCACCACUUCCCAGCCCUAGCGCCAUGACUGACGCCGCCAACUCCCAGGCCGCAGCCAAGCUGGCACUCCGCAAACAGCUAGAAAAGACCCUCCUGGAGAUCCCGCCCCCGAAGCCCCCCGCUCCCCUGCUCCACUUCCUGCCUAGUGCAGCCAACAGCGAGUUCAUCUACAUGGUGGGCUUGGAAGAGGUCGUACAGAGCGUCAUCGACAGCCAAGGCAAGAGCUGCGCUUCGCUCCUGCGGGUCGAACCCUUUGUCUGCGCCCAGUGCCGCACAGACUUCACCCCGCACUGGAAGCAGGAGAAGAACGGGAAGAUCCUGUGUGAGCAGUGCAUGACCUCCAACCAGAAGAAGGCUCUGAAGGCCGAGCACACCAACCGGCUGAAAAACGCGUUUGUUAAAGCCCUACAGCAGGAGCAGGAAAUUGAGCAGCGACUCCAGCAGCAGGCAGCCCUCUCCCCCACGGCGGCUCCCGCCGUGUCCAGUGUCAGCAAACAAGACACCAUCAUGAGACAUCAUACGCUUCGGCAGGCCCCACAGCCCCAGAGCAGCCUGCAGCGUGGAAUCCCCACCUCUGCCCGGUCCAUGCUCUCCAACUUUGCACAGGCGCCCCAGCUCUCCGUGCCGGGCGGCCUCCUCGGGAUGCCAGGUGUCAACAUCGCAUACUUGAACACCGGCAUCGGAGGACACAAAGCUCCCAGUUUGGCGGACCGACAGCGGGAGUACCUUUUAGACAUGAUCCCUCCCCGGUCCAUAGCGCAGUCCAUCAGCGGGCAGAAAUAACGCCUGUCCACGUGCACUGCCCCAGCCUCGAACCCUCUACCCCUCCUCUCCCAUUGCCCCCAACUUCCGUCGCAUGCAGUGCCUGUACUGGUGCCUACCAUACACGGAAAACAAAACCGAGAAACAGAAGACAGACCUAGAAAUCAACAGGAAGACCCGCGCCCGCCCCGCCCCCACUGCUGCGACCCUGCUGUCUUCUCUCCUGUCCCCGUUCACAGGGAGGUGCUCCUCACCUCUGGUGAAGGUCGGGGGGGGGCCUGGGGAGCCAUCGAAGCCCUCUGACGUGUGUUUCUAAAGCUUUUAUGCUAUGAUUAUUGUCAUUUUUAAUGAUGAUGUGUCUCCUCCCUUUGUUCAGUGGACGGUUAAACCUUUUUAUUUUCCCUCAGUAUUUUCUUUUUCCCUUUACUUUUGCCUUUUUUUUUUAAGCACAGAUGACAGUCAGAUAAGUGACAGGAGCACUGCAGGGGCUCCCCAGGGGGCAUGACUGGGGGUGUUGGGAGCAGAAGUUUGUAAUGCACUUAACGGGGGGGGGGGGGGGCUCAAACAGAGGACAUCAGCCUUGGGUGUCUCUGGUCUGGACAGUCUGGGAAGCAGUGUUCGUGCUGAAGUCGGGCUCUAAGAAUGAGGGGAAAGAGCCUAGAGGGAAAAGCUUUAACCCACAGAGAAGGGGACGAGGGACAUGAGGACAAGUGGUGUUCAGCCAAGAGGGACGGAGGCUGGUCUUGGCCUCCUGGAUGCUCUCCUGGUCCCAGUGGAGACGGAAGUCUGCCAACUAGCCCAAAAUUAUUUCAUCUUACUUUCUUUGUAAAAUUCUGCCCCUCCCCCGUGCCACAUAUUUACUCCUGAUCUGCUCCUGGCAAGAGGGAAGCGCAGCCCUGGCUCUUAUGUGGCUGUUCCAGCCCAGCUUAGCCGGGGUCCUAGGAGUUGGGCUGGGCAUUCCGAGUGAGACCAAGGAGUCUGGGGGUGGGCCGGGAGGGCUUCCUCUCCUAGCCGGGGAGACUCCGUCCAUCUUGCCCUCCCAGGGCCAGGAGGAGAGGGCAGAGAGGAGGCCGGAGCAGCCUCCCACAGCAGGUACAGCAGUAACUGCUCGGAGCCGGACCCUCUGUUGCCAGCUCUGGACCUCUGUGCCAAGUAGCUGUUGGCUCCCCCCCAAGCCCACCCCCCAGAACUCUAGUAAGUUUCCUUUUGUGUUUUCAGCUUUUUCUUUAAGCGCUACUAAUGUAGAGAAUGAACUGAAUUGUGCAAUGUUGCUGUUCUGGGGUCGGGGGAGGUUAGCAGCCCAUCUGCCCACACCCUGGGGGCGGGGGGCAGGGACCAGGCUGGUUUGGAGGUAAGGGAAGCCCCUUGGAGGCUGGGGUUUCCGCUCUCGCUCUCCGGUAAAGCUCACUCACCUGUCUCUGCAGCUCUAGAAGCUGCCUGGGUGCGGGGUGGGGAGGGAAGGGUUACCCGGAGCAGCAAGGUGGGAAGACCGGAGUGGGGCAUUUUGCCCUUGAAAGCCGCCUGGAAAAAUUCCCCCGUUUUUAUUUUAAGAAAUAAAAUAAUUUUUUUAGAGUAAGAAGGCACUUUUAAAAUUAACACACACACAGACUGCACACCUUCCCCAUAAAGUUUGGGGGGUGAGGGGUGGAGGAGUUGCUGGAAUCCGGCUCGGCACCCCCCCCAUACCCCAGAGCCACUGCGGGGUACUCUACUGGCCCUACGGGCCUCCCUGGCUUUUUUCUUUCCUUCCCCCAAAUUCAUUGAGCACUUAAUAAAGGAGCAGAGAUACAGCCUGUGUCCCGGCUCCCCCAGUGGUGCAGCAAUCUGAAGCUGGACGCUAGGAACAUGGUGAUGGGGCUGUCCGGAGUUCAGGGGGAAUGUUGUCCCUCGGACUGUAAGUGGUGGGGGAGGGAGGGGGGUUAGGAAACUGGGUCUGGGAUUAUUUUAAAUUUAUAUAUAUAUAUAUAAAGAUAUAUUCUUACAUCUUUUGUUUGCCCUCUGUGCUUCGAAAGCACUGGAUAAAUUGUUUGGUUUUGCUUUUCUCUCUUCCACGAAAUUGGAAGCGCCCCCCACCCCCACCCACAAGUCAUCUCGCCUGGUGGCCUGUCUAGCCUCUUCCGCCCCGCCCGCCGUGACCAAGUGCCAUUUCUGUUAUGUCUCCCCUCCCCCAGCUCGGAGGUACCAGGUGCCCGAGUCCAUCACUUGAGACUCGAAGUGAGGAACAGAGAAUGUGCAAUACCGUCUGGUUGGGGCCACCCCUGCCCUGCGCUGAGCCUCCUCCCUGGGAGCCAGCACCUCUGAAUGCGGUUUGGAAGCAGGACAUUUGGACGAGAGGGGGGCGAUGGGGAAGGCCAGCCGAGUGCCUGCCCGGGGCCUGAGGCCGCAGAGGAGGACAGGGCAGCCUUCCCUGCUCUGUCCCCUCAGGCUCAGUUGCAUAGAGGCUGCUUGUCCAGUCGAAUCGUAGAGCUCUGUGACCCUUGCUCAGUCGCUGAGGUUUGAUUUCUUACCCCUCCUCCCCAUUUUCAUGCCCUUCCUUGGGCUUAGUGAUGGGGGGAGUUUCCCGUAAUCAUGGUGAAGUCGUAGCCCUCCGCCGCCUCCAUCCCUUCUCUAGUUCCUCGUCGCUGAUCACCUUGUGUCCCUCCGAGUCUCUUGUUGCUCCCCAUCGCCAGGCCGGGCCCGUAGACACUACCCCUCCUGCCUGAAGAUAGGAAAGACGCCGUGUUCAGAGUUCUCUCCCGGAGCUCUGGAAGCUCAGAGGAUGACUAGAGUGAGGACCCCCUGGUUCUUCCGGUCCUCUGCAUCCAGAGGCUCCCCAGUGGCCCUUCGGGGACAGAGGCUUACUCCCGAGAUGCCCGAGAUGGGUAACUGAGCAGGAAGGCUUGGGUAAAGCUGAGGGACGGAGGUCCUCAUUUGUCAAUCCUUUUUAAUUCUUGAUUUUCAUUUUCUGUUCUUCUCAUUUGACCACAGCAUCCGGACUGUCUCAUCCCCGGAAUGAGUAUUUUUCCAUAUUUUUGGAUUUAUGUAUGGUAGACAGUUUUUUGUUUUUGUUUUUGUUUUUUUUUUUAAAGACACAAAGAUAAAUGUUUUCCUGCUUUGGUUACCUUUCCUUUCCCCUUUAAAAGGACUUAGCUAUAGAGCCGCUUUGUAAAGAUGCUUCUUGGUAUUUUACUUUUGUCCCUUACCCCAAGCACUCCUUCCUCCUAACCUUCCUCUCCACACCCCACCCCACCCGGCCCUAGGCUCCCCUGCCCUCCAACAAGACGUUCAUUAGCUUAUGAUACUUGCUGCCGAGAUGUUAUAACAAGGACUCAUUCGUGUAUAUAAGCUAUUUCUUGAUCCAUUUAAAAGGAAUUGUACAUUGUGUAGAAAAAAAAAAAAAACCUGAAAAAGAGAAAAAAAAGCCCUCGCCAUGGAUAUUGUGAAACUGUGUUAUGUCAUUUUGUAAUGUGCCCGUUUGUGUAUGAUCCGUGCAAAAGGGUUUCUGGGGAAGGGGCGGGGGUCGGGAGGCAGGGCUGCGGAGGGCGGGGCGGGGAGUGGGCCGGGCCCAGCACACAGACUGGCAGCGGCUCCAGCCCCAUCCCUCCUCAGAGAUGCCACCUCCCCCACCUCCCAGCCCUGAUUUGUGCCUUGCCUCCCCGCCGGGUCACCAGCACUGCCUCGGCAGAGCCCACGCCCUCCCCCAACCUGCCCACCCUCCACCCCAGCAUUAGGCGGAUACUGUGGGAAGUGCUGGGGGUCGGGAGGUAGCCGAGGAAUGGGGCAGUUCCUGGGGACAUCGAAACCAAGUAUUAUUAUGAAUUGUAACUGUAUUUGCACUGUUUUUUUUCCCUCUGAUUGCAUCAGCAUAUAUACAAUAUACCUAUAUAACGAAAUUCAGUGUCAAGCUUUCUUAUGCAGGGGAUCUCCCCCACCCCGCCCCCCAAACAACCUAGUUCUGUGGGUCUUUGCGAGUAGGUUAUCGAGGGAUGAUAGAAAGGACUUGAACAAGACCUAAGGAAGCCUCCCCUCCUGAGCCCCGCGCAUCUGCUCGCAGUUUCCGGCUUCGUAAAUUGGGGUGAGGGGCCACCGUGAAACUCGGGUUCCUGGUCUGGGCCGUAGAGAGUGGGGUGCCACAGCCCGCGGCGUGGGGUGGCAGCACCGGCCGGAAACUGGGGUCGCCCCAGGCUUCCCCAUGAACUUGCUGUGUGACCUGUGGUAGUUCAUUUGCCGGGGCUCCGUUUCCUUACUUGUGAAGUGACAGGGGAGAGCAUCCACCUGGCCUUCUGCUUCCUUCCUCACCUGCCGGGCGACAGCUCUCUGUGCAGCAGGGCCGGGGCCGUGGGUGCAGGUGUGUGGCCGUGCCGGGAGGGCUGCCAGGCCCCCCGCCGGUCCUCUGCUUUUGAGAAGGGGCAGACUGACGUCUAGCCAUCAGGGCACCUGGGACAGCUUUGGCCUCAGGCCCGAGACCCCAUCGCAGGCAGCCGCAGGGUCGGAGGGGCGCGUGAGUGGUGGUGCCCAGGCUGCUAGUCUAGCCUCGCUGCGCCUUUUGUGAGCUGCGGGGUGGGGGGGGGGGGGGGGGGGAGGAGCAGAACUUGCCCGUCCUCUUGGUAUCCUGUUGGUGACAGUGUAGCUGAGCCCGGUGCACCCCAGUUCUUGGCUCCUUCAGAACUCACAUGAGUCCUUGCAGGCGGCUCCCCACGGCCGGGGCUGAGGCUCCCACCCUGUAGGCUCCUGGCCUGGGACGCCUGGAGAGGAUCUGGGGAGGUGGCGUAGGCCUGGGGAAGGUGGGGGGAGCAGGGUUGGGGCAGGGAGCAGGGCUGGGGCGGGAAGGGCCUCUCUGAAUGCGGGUGGGGGGGCAAGACCCUUUUGCACAGGCUCUAAGUUUCCUUUUUUUUUUUUUUAACUCAUUCUGAUUUUCUGCAUUGUGUUUGGAAAUUAAAAUGAAAAAACUAAGACCAACAGAAACUGGUUUUCAAAAAGGCAAAUACACUCCCAUCUGUUUCAGAUGCUGCUGAGCGUUUCAGCAGCAACAGAUUCAAAUAAUAAGCUAAUUUUUGGAGAAAGGAUUAAAAGAAAAAAAACUUUGUAAUAUUUAUCACUUGCAAGCUAUGUUUAAUAAAGAAAGGAAUGGUUUCUAAACUUU